AUGGGAAAAAGCUGCAAAGUGGUGGUGUGCGGCCAGGCUGCAGUUGGUAAAACGGCCGUGUUGGAGCAGCUACUCUACGCCAAUCAUGUAGCAGGUUCCGAACCCAUGGAGACGCUGGAGGACAUCUACAUUGGCUCCAUCGAGACCGACCGGGGCACCCGAGAGCAGGUGCGCUUCUACGACACCCGGGGCCUCCGCGAAGGCGUGGAGUUCCCACGCCACUACUACAGCUUCGCCGACGGCUUCGUGCUGGUUUAUAGCAUCGACAGCAAGGAGUCCUUCAAGCGCAUGGAGGCUCUUAAAAAGGACAUUGAUCGUCACAGAGAUAAGAAGGAGGUGACCAUUGUGGUUCUGGGCAACAAGCUGGACAAACAGGACGAGCGGCGCGUGGACGCUAACAUGGCGCAGAACUGGGCCAAGAACGAGAAGGUGCGACUGUGGGAGCUGUCGGUGGCCGACCGCCGCACGCUCAUCGAGCCCUUCGUGUAUUUGGCCAGCAAAAUGACGCAACCGCAGAGCAAGUCCACCUUCCCGCUCAGCCGGAACAAGAACAAGGGCAGCGGACCUACAGACGGCUGA